GUUACUAAAUACAUAUAGUUUAUAUUAUUUGAGAAAAAAACGAAUGUAACCGUUAGAUUUAUUACUCUAUCUGCCCAAUUAUACACAUCCAUCUAGAGUAUUAUAUUAAUUAUUGAAAGUGUCGAGAGCCGGCCAAAAAAUGCAACAUAUAAAGCAUUAACUUGGUGUUUUCGUUACCCACAACAUAAAACCAUUCUCCAUCAACCAAAAAAAAAAAACAUUUUUUGUUGUUUGUUUGCAUUGAAGCUUAUAGGCUUCUUUAGUGAAAAUGGAGAUCGAAUCCGUGAGAUGUGAGUGUUGUGGGUUAAUGGAAGAUUGCACACAAGACUACAUUAGUGAGGUCAAAUCUAACUUCGACAACAAGUGGCUCUGUGGUCUCUGCUCCGAAGCCGUGAGGGACGAAGUGAGUCGCCGGAAGAUGACCACAGUUGAUGAAGCCGUCAAGGCCCACGUGUCGUUUUGUGGCAAGUUUAAAAAAGAUAAUCCGGCGGUUCAUGUCGCUGAUGGUAUGAGGCAGAUGCUACGGAGGAGGUCCGGUGAGUUGACGAAUUCCUCUACGUCCAAGAAGUUUGGUAGAUCUAACACCACCAAGUUGUACUGAUCCAUUUUUCUUCUAUUUCGCUAAUUACUUAAUGUAUAAUAUUUGAUGCUUCUUUCUUCCUUGUUUUGUUUAAUUAAUGUCAUAAAUAAUGGUCGGUGAUAUGUUAUAUAACUAAUCAAUUAAUUUCAAACAGACUUGUCAUUUAGUUUCCACACAU